ACGGACAAAAAUUUGGAUUUAUCAUGGAAACAAUUCUUUUGCCUUUGGCUUUGGAAUACCAUCUUAGAUCUCGAACUGUAGAAAUAGAUAGUACUGUUACUGCCCAGCUGGCUAACCUUAACUCUAAUCAGCAAAGCAAAAAAAACAAUGCAUACAAAGCUAUUGCAGGCGAGCAGAGGGACAUGCAAAACAAAUUUAAAAGCUACCUAUCCUCAACUCCCCCCCUAACCAGCCAACAAGUCAAAACUGCCAUAAACUCUCUUAAUGUUCAUCGAUUAAACAAAAUCAACAACCUCCUCGAUUACGUCAAACAACAAGGAUUCGCCGACGGAAGUGGCCUUGGAUCUUUGGACCACGAAAUGAACAAGGAUGGUGCUGGAUUCAUGCAUACUCUGUUUCUUCUCUGUGUUUCUCUAAGCCCACCUUCAAAGAGCAGAUUGUUGGACCUCAUUAGCACAGCAAAAUGGUACAAUGACUUCGGAGAAGUUUAUCAGUCUCCAACAUUUGAAAUCAAAGGAACCACUGCUGACCGUAUGAUCUCGCUACUUCUGUUUAGACUCAUUAUAGUGUUGGUGAUGCCACAAGACAAUGAUGCAGAAAAAAAAGCCAAGAUUCGGGACAUGGACGCUGUGCUUCGAUGGAUAAAUAACGCUUUAGCAGUGAACGACGGUCUUGGAGGAGUGAUCAAACCUGACUUUACAGGACAUCACCACAAAGCGUUUUAUGGAUCAGCGUAUGUGCCACAAGCUUUGCACAAUGCAGCUUUGGUUCAUUACCUUCUUGGAGGAACGGAAUUCGUUCUAUCGACAACAUCGGUCAACAACAUCAGGCGAGGACUUGAAACGCUGCGUCUUAUAGCGCUCAAGUAUUCCACUCCAAACAGUGUUAACGGACGGUUCCCAAAUUAUGUCAAAAAGGUUCUCAUCAAAGCAGCAUUAGCAGGCUAUGCUUACAUCAGCGUUGAACAUCCUUCCGUUCUGCCUUCUGUGACACCAACAGGAAUCACUGUAACCAAUGUGAAAGGCGCAGAAAUGUUCUUGCGGUUAUAUGAUGAGAGCGACCCAGAUGUGGAUAAUUAUUUAAAAGAUGGAAAAAUUAGGAAGGGCAAGUACUAUUUCAACAGUUUGGGAUCUCUGGACAUUAUGAAGGCAGUUGUAUCCACCGCUACAUCUAAAAGCAUUUCAGCUGAACCGUCCCCAGAAGGUCACUGGUCAAAGAACUUCGCCGUUCUAUCGGUGCAUCGGCGCAAGCAAUGGGCUGCUUCUUGCAAAGGAUUCAAUCGCUUCAUUUGGGACUACGAAAAUAAGCCGCACAAAGAGAACAUUUAUGGAAUGUUUGCUAGUCAUGGGGCACUUCUGAUUGCCAACAGUGAAUCACUACUUGGCGUACAUGAUGUCCAAAACGGAUGGGACUGGGCUAAAGUUCCAGGGGCAACAACAAUCGCGAUUGGAGAUCCAAAUCUGAAUGACUUAAACAUAAAUAAAGCGAGGAACUACAAUCGAAAGGAUCUUGCUGGAGGUCUUACAUUUAAAGGUACGGGAUCCUUGGAAAACGGAAUAUUUGGUAUGGACUUUAAACAACCAGAUUACGGAUUGACGGAUUGGCGAGGGAGUAUCGACCUUGAGUUCAAAAAAUCGGUUUUCUUCUUUGAAAACCUGCUGGUGUGUUUAGGAAGUCACAUCACGGCACAAAACACUAAUAGAAAAGUCAUUCAAACAACUCUUUUUCAAGACAAGUUAGUAAGUGGAGUGAGUUCGUCCUUCAUAAAAGUCAACAACGUCAAAAAAGCCUAUGCAGAUACAUUGCCUGUCGAAACACCGACGACUGCAGCCAGAAGCUACACAUCCCUCACUGAUGCAAAAGGAAACUUCUACUACAUACCAAGUCCCAGCAAAUCAAUCCUAAAAGUUCACGUGCAAGAUCAGACCUCAAAGACCGAUGACGGCAAAACAACAACAACAGGCCGUUACGGUACAGCAUGGUUCCACCAUGGUGCCACUCCCUCCGACAGCGAUUAUGAGUACGCUGUUCUGAUCCCAACACAAAGUUAUCAUGCAACAUUAGCCGACUUGGCAACGGCCCAGGAAACACAAGGAAACAAAGUUUACACAGUUCUCCAGAAAGAUUCAACUGCCCAUGUCGUCCAGUUUCUCAAAUCACCAAAGUCAUGGACAAGCCUCAACCAUCCCAUUACUGGUUAUGUCAUGUUUGCAAGAGCCACACGCCUUCCACGUGCUGGUCCAAUAAAUAAAGUAGGAAGCGGCAACUGCCUUAUCAUGGCUGAGGAAACUUCACAGCAUAUCUUUCUCAGUAUAAGCAUUCCAAGCUUGAAUCUUCAUACCGCAACGGAUCCUCUCACUAAUUCAGGUGACGUAGGGCUGGAAGAAUUAUUUCAGUCAUCAAGUGCGGAAAGAGAAGUAGUCGUCACGUUAAAAAAGGAAGUGCAGAAGAGCAUCGUCUCGGUCCAAACUCAUGGUGAACCAGACUGCUACAAACCCAACGUGUGGAUUGUUCAAGGCAAGAAAGUUCGAUUUUUGAAUCUUAAGAAUGGCUUUAGCGUAGAAGUCAAAUUGAAGAAGAAGCCACGUCAGUAAAAAGCUCAGCGACCUACAAGGGCAAUUUCAGUUGGUCGUGCUCUAUUCCUUAUGAUGCAUGUAUUACACUGAUGAAUAGAUAUUUAAAAGUGUACGGUAUCAGUAGUUAAAUAAAAUGAAAUAACAAGUGAUCAAUGGUUGUCGUAUUCUUUUAUAUUUGCUUGCAUUGUUAGACGUCUGCAGCGUAUGGCAUAAUAAACAUCUCUGACGAGCUCUUUCAUAGUCCGGUGGAUAUGUGCAUAUUUGAGGGAAAGCGUGCACUUUGUGAAGAAAUCUCCAAAUUUUGCAUAAAGGUAGCUUAGAAUACAUUGAAAACCCUCUGAUAUGGAGCCACCGCUAAAAGUCUUGUUAAGGCCAUUUAAGGGGUUGGUUCGCAUGAAAACGAGGCUAAAAUCAUAACAUACCUAUUUCGCCUGCGAUGUGAAUAUUAAUACCUUUGGAUACACUAGUAUUCCUUGCUUUUUGGCAUUAUAACUUCACUUGCUAACCCAGUUGCAUGUUCCUUUCACCUAUGAUCACCUAUGAUCUUGUAAAUUCUGAAUUACCUUGACCUUCAGUUUCCGUUAGAGUUUUACAUGUGUUUGUACAGUACAUACAAAAAAGUUCUUUCCCAUUACGUUUAGGUGAAGUACGUCACGUAACUUAACAAUGGACAUUAAUGGAGAAGUUUAAACUCAUAAAGAGAUGCUGCAUUAAUAAUAGGCAGUUUGGAGAACUAUAGUCUUAGUAUAUUACAGUAACAGUAGCUUUUGUAAUUUAAGGCAACCAUUAUCAACGUUUGGGUAGCAGUGUAAUUAUUUUUGGAAUCACUGGUCAUUAAUCUGUUAAUGAUCAAAGAAAAAAGUUAGGAAUGCAUUAUCUCCUAGGAGAAAUAUGCACCUGCUUUGAAGUUGUAAGGGCACUAUAACAAUAAAAGAUAGAGUUAAUUGAGAGAGAGACUGGUGCCUACCCAUAAUGCACUUUCACAUUGCAAUUCACAUCCGCCAUAUUGGAUCAUUUGGGAAACAACGCUAUGUUGUCUGUAAGUAAACUAAAGCACUUAAUGUUAUUAUAUUGUUGCCAGACGAUUUGGAAUGGUUUUUCAAUUGUUUGAUUCUUUGGCUUAACAUAUUUUAAUAUCUAAUGCUGCUUAAAC